AUGCCCAACGGCUGCACCCAACGGACAGCUAUGGGCGAGUGUGUCACCUCUGUAGCUAACCACUUAUACGAAUCGGCAUGGGACGACCCUUCACAGAAUGUGGCCGAUGAAGAAAUCCAGCUGGCUGGAAAUUUCCUAGCGGACACUGUCAGUAUCGAGGGGCCCUUGGACGACAAUGUUGGUAUGACGGAUCGUGUAACACUGGAGCUGGGCCCCGGCGCCCAGCAACAAAAGGACCCAAACGUACACCCCGGUCCCGAUAUCCAUCCCCCGUUACCUGUUACUGCACCGAAUACGGUCGCGCCUCCCCCGCUUGCCCAAGUCUUAUACCAUGUGAAACGGGAGGGUGUUCGUGAUUUCUGCCCAACUCCAGUUGAGGGUGCCAUACCAUGGAAGGAACUAGUACAGGUCCCGUAUGCAUCCUUAGACGUCUGGUCAAUCCGUCUCGGGGACAUUGUCACCGUUUGCCAAGGGGAACAGCCUGAUGGGUAUGCGAAAGUGUCGGAUCUGAGAAGUUUAGAGAAUGGGCGCUACAUGGUGACAUAUACAUGGCUAUACACGAGAGAGGAAAUUAUGGCCGAGUUUCAAACAGAGGAUGGCUUCCCACCGCAUCUCCGUAAGAACCUGGAACAAAGGUGGCCAGAAGACGCCCAUUACCACUACAUGAUCAGUACCAACCGGACGAUCACGCUCUGGGAUACGGCAGUCUCGCUUGCUCCAGAGGAGGUGGUCUCGAGGGUAUGCUACAGCUCCAUUUACAGCACAACGCCGACAAAGCGUUGGAUCUGGAGUGUGGAGAACCCUGGUUUCCGGUGGAUGAGGAAGAUUCUCGCCCUGUAG